AUACUUUGUAUACUUUACUUAAGAUAUUUUUUUUAAAUAAUGCGCUCCAUACUGAAGAUCCGUAGUCUCUAUUUUGUAAAUGUUCGCCCAACCGAAAAUGUCCACUACUUGCAAUGGAUAUACACUGCAUAAUGUGUGUUUAAUUUAUUUAAACAUUUUAUUUGAUAACUCAAAAGACACUUUCAGGGAAAGGAAACGCAAACAUGAUAAUUACACUUAGUCGCUAAUUCAAAGUUUUUGUGUGCUCCCCUAAUAAAGGACAUCACAGAAUUUGACCGACCCACUGCAAUUCUCACUGGAUUUUUUAUUAAAUUUGAAUAGAUUAUUUUAUUGUUUUUGUUGUCAGAUGGAGGCUAGAGUUGAGAUUUAGCAGUGUUUUAAUACUGUUCCUGUAUCGAUGUCCGGAGAUAGAUAAACAUCCUGUACGUCUGGACUUGCAGGGGUGAGAGAAAAGUGGGACAGUUAAACUGAAAAUUAAUUUAAUUCGUUAGCAACUAAGAUUGCCGUGACGUGCAGUUUUGAGAGAAGAGUGCGCCAAUUUAUUUUCAGUUUAAUAUAUUACUUUGUUGAGUUAGUGUAUCAUUUUAUGAUGACGACAAAGCAAAAGUUGAGCGUAGACGGACUAAUAGUUCCAGCAUUUUUGCCAUUUCAAACCUUAACGGACGCCAGAAAACGAAUUGCAGAUAUUGUUAAUUUAACUACGAGAAAAGAUGACGUUUUUGUUAUUUCCUAUCCAAAAUCAGGAAACCAUUGGCUGAAUGCAAUCGUACCCCGCCUUCAGAAUUCAUGUCUGGACACCCCUCACAAAAUGACAGAAAAAUUCCUGGAGUUUAUUCCAGAUCUUCAGGAACUGGAGACAGUUCCUUCACCUCGUAUAAUGACGUCACAUCUUCCAGUGAAAUAUACUCCAAAAGAUAACAAUGGAAAAAUAUUACACUCCAUUCGAAACCCCAAGGACAUCGCAGUAUCCGCUUUUCAUCAUUACACAACAGAUCCAGUGGUCAAAGACUAUGUACACCCUGAUUGGAACAGUUUCUUGGAAGAUUUCUUACGUGGGGAAUGCUACUAUGGAAGUUGGUUUGAACGAGAGAAAGAAUGGGAACAAGCAGCACAACAAAAUCCCAAGAAGAUAUUGAUAGUCUAUUACGAAGAUAUGAAGAAGAAUGGUUUGGAGACGAUGAAACAUAUAUCCAGUUUUCUCGGAUUCUCGUCCGAUCCUACAUUUCUUCAAGCUGUUUAUGAUGAAUGUACCUUUGAUAAAGUAAAAGAAAGAGAAAAGGAUACAAUUUGGAAAUUCAUCUACAGAAAAGGAGAGGUGGGUGAUUGGAAAUCAAUGUUUACCGAGGAACAGAAUGAGAAGUUUGAUCAGGUCUUCAAUGAACAAAUGAAGGAUUCAAAAUUGAAGAUACAAUGGAAUUAAAUGCUGUUUAUAUGAAUUUCAAACGGCAUUUUAAAAUCACAGUCUGUUGUGUAUAAAUCUUAUAAGUGAUGCUUAUUUACUUCCUUAUAAUAAUUAUAAAACACUGUCCAUUAUAUUAUUUUUAGAAAUACAUGAUAUGUGUACAUAUUGAAUAGAGUAAAAAUAUGUAUAAAAAUGAUACCGGGGUAUAAUACUAUUUGAAAAAGAAUUAUCAGAAGGUCAGAUUGCAAGUUUAAAAUGUGUAACAUUUUCUCAGAAUUUAUGAUUAAAACAUUGCUACAGUGAAGAACAACACCAAGCAUUCGAGCAAGAUUUCAGAGGAUGGUAUUUCCUAUACAUGUAUAAUGCUAUUUUUUGGAAUUACUUGAUCUGCUUACAGAACGAUUUUUGAAUUUUGCAAAACACAAAUGUACAUUUAGCAAUGUUAUAAUUCAGCAAUACAUAUUUUAA